AUGUUUGCCAGCCCAGACAACCAGGUCAAUGCUCUGAGGGACCUGCCCCCCUGGCCCACGCCGGGCGCCUCCAGCGCCAUGUCUGCUGCAGGUGGCCACACCCUGCUGACCCUUGACCCCGAUACCGGCUAUGCUGCUGAGGUGGCCAUGUUUGGCGGCACCACCUUCACCGGCGGUGCCUGCGCCUGCGACGUCCCCGCCAACGACAGGGCGUACCGCAUCAAGCUGGACAAGGACACGGUGCUGAAUAACGCCAUGGCCUGGGAGGUCGAGCAGAUGCCCGGCCCCCGCGUGAUGGUUGACGCCACCCUGCUGCCCAACGGCAAGGUCAUCCUCGUCAACGGCGCAAAGUCCGGCAACUCGAACAAUGGCGGCCCCGGCGGUGGCGGGCAGGCGCGCGACAUGGAGGGCCACGCCUGGCUCUAUGAUCCCAAGGCCCCUGCUGGCGGGCGCUUCUCCGUCCUGGCUGCCAGCGCCAUCAAGCGCUUCUACCACUCCACCGCCAUGCUGCUGCCCAGCGGGGACCUCUUAGUCAUGGGCUCAGAGCAGAACGACUGCUACAACGCCUGUGUCCAGUUCAACCCCGCGCUGCACCAGUACCAGGCCGAGCUGUUCAAGCUGCCCUACGCCUUCGCCGCCGGCCGCCCCGUCAUCACCGACGUGUCGACGGAGGAAGCUGCCAUGGGGUCCGAGGUAAAGGUGACGUACGACGGCACCGUCAGCGGCGCCGUGCUGAUGACGCCGGGCGCUGUCACCCAUCAGCUCAACAUGAACCAGCGCGGCAUCAAGCUGGCUGUGGCCAAGAACGAGAACGGCGAGAUCACGCUCACCAUGCCACCACCUGGCGGCAACGUCGCGCAGCCCGGCUGGUACAUGCUGUUCCUCCUCAAUGGCGACCUGCCCUGCACCAAGGCCUCGUGGAUCCUGCUGACGGCAUAA